UUUUUUUUGUAAUCAGUCAACAACAUUCAAUCGAUACAGUCUUACUUUUAUACGAUUGCUGACAAUGUCGAAUCCAAACACAAUCCGUGUCGGUAGUGAUUUCAAAGGAGUGUCGAAGGGAAAAAUUAAUUACGGCGGGAAGAAUAGUGUUACUACUAAUUCUGACUCAAAUUCCCAACCAAACGUUAACAUCGGUAGUACAUUUGAGGGCACUCAAGAAGUACAGAGUGAAAUAAACUUUGCUGAAGAAAACCAGCUAAAUGUUGCAACUCAAGAACAUACAGACCAGAAACCAAAUUCCGAAUCAAGUGAACCUUCAACUCCAAAGGUUAAUGCUUACAAGUUGGAGCCUAGCGAAUUGAAAGACCUUGGAUUUAGCAUCAAUGGUCACAUGACAAUUUUCAAUCAAGAGUUUAAAAAUGCAAGAUUUUUUCGUGCCGGAAGUAGUAACGACGUGGAAUAUUUGACAACUACAUUCAGAAAACUCGGCAUAGAACCAUCAGUAAAACCUGAUCUGAAAUACAAAGACAUUGUCAAGGAAAUUGAAGCGUUAUCAACAAUCGAUUUCUCCACCUAUAAACUAUUCGUGUGUGUCUACAUGUCACAUGGUCACAAAAAUGGAUUCGUUUCUGCAGCAGAUAAAGAAUUUAAUCUGAGAAAUACCAUAAUCGACCCAAUUAUGGGAAACAAAAGUCUGAAUGGCAUUCCAAAGAUUUUUAUAACGGUGGCAUGCAGAGGAGAGCACAAUUAUGAGGAGAGUGAUAGCGUGGAAUUCGAUGGGCAUAUUACAAGUACGGCAAAUGGCAUCGAUUACAGUAACUGCAUAAUCAGCUACAGUACUUAUGAAGGUCAUGUUUCCAAGAGAAAGCGUGAUGGGACUUACUUCAUACAAAGUCUUUGUGACAACAUCAAUGAAGACAAUGGUAAUGCGAAAAUUCAUUCACUCUUUGCCAAAGUAAACGGGAAAUUAGCCGAAAUGUACAAGCAGGUUCCAGUGUUUGAAACCUCAAUGGGUGACAUAUCCUUCAAAGAUCUAGCAUCCGCUUCGAAUUAGGUCAGCCAUUAUGGCUAAUAUGGGCGUUCUAUUAUUUUAACUUACAAAUCGUCGAUUU